AUGACUGUCCUCACACAUCCCGUACUCCCUCCCUGCCCUCAGAUUUAUGGCCACUCAAGCACGACCUUCAAGCUCCCCCCUCUAAAGGGCUCAUUGACUGUCCCUGAGCUUUUUGACUGGCAGGCGCAGAACUCUCCGUUCCCCCGCGUCUUUACAUUCACCGACAAUAAUGGCACAAAGCUUGUCAGGAGCUGCCUUGGCUCACAGCCUGGGAUACAUGAAACUCCAGCCGUGGCAAUUCUUGCUAUGUUAGAUGGCAUUCCAUACUUCACGAUGGUGAUCAGCAUCAUGUGUGCAGGCUACGCUGCCUUUCUCAUCUCCUCAUGUAAUUCACCAGCUGCCAUCAUCCACCUGAUCAGCCAGGUGGGAGUUAAACACCUAUUCAUCAGGCUGGAACCGUCCAUGGAGGAACUCGCCGAUAAGUUCAAGGGUGCAAAUGCUCCUGCAUUGAUUUUGCACUCAUCCGCCUGUGGCAGGUAUCACAGAUGCACAUUCUUCAAGCCUAAGUCACCUCCUACUGUGCUGUCACCAGAUGUGAUGAUUCAAGCUAUCAAGGCAACUAAAUGUGACAGCAUCGCUGCUGUUUCAGCAGUGGUCGAGAUGUGGUCUAGCGUCCCAGACUACGUAGACUAUUUUAAGACAUGUCAGGGCCUCAUAUGUGGUGGCGGACCUCCCAGCAAAGAGGUGGGCAACUUUUUGGCAUCGGAGGGCAUCACUAUUUUCAACCUCUACAGAUUAACUGAGGGCGGCCCGCUGAUGUUCCUGGACUGCACCAAGGCACACAUGAUCCUGCAGGAUGAUGGCUCGUACGAGUUCAUUCUCAUGACCAAGGAUGCCCUUCACCUGGUCGUUUUGAACGCUGAUGCCAAUGGCAUACACUCUUAUGUGACAUCUGAUCUUGUGAUCAGCCACCCGAUGAAGCCAGGAUUCUGGAAGAUCCACAGCUGUAUGGAUGACCAGAUCAUGCACAGCACAGGAGAGAAGCCAACUGAGCAGUCACUAAUAUUCUUCCUCCCGACAAAUCUGGGCCUGCUUGUCAUCUUGAAGGAGUACGGCCAGGAGAUCAACGACAUCUAUGAUUUGGUCAAGAAGAGUGUGCAAUUGAAUGUCCCUCCUCCAGAGAAGUGGUAUCUGGACUCAGCUGCAUGGUUCAUCUUGCAGGCAAUGUACAUCUGCAAUGCUGUCCUCCACGGCUUGCAGGAGACAGCAAAGAUCGACACCCGCAAGAUUGUCAGCAACUUCGUCUACGACUACCCAACGUCUCGACUCUCGCGUCGUUCAUCUCCAGCCUCGCACUCGGCACGGUCGACGGAAAGAAAGUGGAUUCUCCAGUCACAUAUUAACGCCAUGCAUGCAAUGAUGGCCAAGUAUACAUCUGACUUCCUGGCUCACAAGCGAAACGAGGUUGCGCUUGGCACGAGGUCGCAUGAAGAUGUUGUCUUCAUGACCGGAACCAUUGGCAGUCUGGGCUGCCAUCUCCUGUCACAGAUGGCUGCAAUCUCGAGGUCGCCAUCAUCUAUGCAUUCAACAGGCCUGCAAGGAACCAAAUUCCUCUUUUCAAGAGGUAGAAGGCUGCCUUGGCUGACCGCAGCCUUGAUAAUUGAACAGAUCCUUUAUGCCGCUGGCAAGAAGAUAGUGUUGGACCCGUUGGUUGUGCAUGAGGGCCAGGGCCUGGAUGGUGCAUGGAACAUGCACGAGUGGUACCCCUCAUUGGUGCAAAGUGCGCCGAAGCUCAGAUGCUUCCCCGACGACCACAAGGGCAUCAACUUUAUUCCUCUGGAUACCAUCACUUCUGCGAUCAUUGACAUGAGUGGCUGCGUUGCGCGCUCCGUGACAUGCCAUGUGAUUGUGCGACAUUAG